UGAAAAGCAAGGGGGAAGUGAAAAUUUGUUCGUUAACUGUAAAUAAAUUUCUGUUAAUUGAUUAAAGUCAUAAACAUACAGUAUGCAACUAAAAGAAGAUCCUGCGAUAAGGCGACAGCUGCUGUACAUACAUGAGCUCAUGCUGGAGCACAUUGGAGCCAAUGCAAUGGAGCGCAGCAUGCACCCAAUGUGGUACCGCGUACUGUCGCUGGAACAGAAAAGUGCGUCCUGCUCGCUGCAUACAGCGCUGCGCGAUGACAUAGAGCACGAGAGUACACAUCGAGUGAUGCGCCUGUUGUCGCGGCUAGGAAUUGAUCCACGCCCGCCCAGGCAGGAGAUGCGGCAGGUGAUACGCAUGAGCCGGGGCAGCGAUGUGGCAUUUCUAUGGUUUCUCAUGGAAAUGUUUUACAAGUCGGAGGAUCACGGUAAAUUCUACACGUUCAACGAGCAGAUUAUAUUGAGCAGCAUAUUCUGGCUAGACUUGAGUCCAACACUACUUGAGCUCGAUCGUGUGCUACCGCUGCCAAAUGAGUCCGCAAUGGAGCGUCUCAAACAGGCGCGCGCGCUGGCCAAGCAGCGACGCCAGCGGCUGUCAGUGCGUACCGAGCGACUGCAGCGCACGCAAUCAUUGGCAGACUUUGGCGGCUCACCAUAUUUCGAGCUGCCUUUGAUGCCCCGUCCAAGGCAUGUGCAGCUGCUGGCAAGUCCCGCCGCGCGGCCGGCGCAGGUGGGUAAACUGCUGGGAAUGACCUCGUCCAUCACAAUGGGCAAACGUUGGUUUGGCAACUUCAACACCAGCCUGUCCGAGCGUGUGGCCAAGCCAGUGCUUUACCAAGAGAUUAAUAACAUAAUUGAAACGUUGGCUACACUUCAGCUGGACUCCGAGAAGCUGGAAAGCAUGUGUGCGAGCCACAAGGAAAUCAGCCAAAUAGAAGAGUCGCUGCGCCAGCAGCUGGCGUAUAUCAAACGGCAGCAAUUGUUAAAGCUCAUAGAUGUGAAUCGAAAGCCACAGGCGCAUCGACGCCAGCGCAUCCUAAAGCAAUUAAAUGACAUGACCAAAAUUUAUCAGCGCAAGUUUCAUGCAAUGGCAGUCAGCGUGCGCCGCAAGGCAAUCUGCACGGAGCUAAAGCAUCCGGACUUUAUAUAUCUGGGCAUGUUCCCCGAUGGGGAUGUGCCGCCAGCUUGUUUGCAGAGCAGUCCCAAGCGGCAGGAAACGCUGCAGCUGCGCUCGAAAUUGUUUGAUGAAUCCUUGCCACAGCAGGAGGCAAGUAGGCCACGUCCUAGCAGCGUUUUGAAGUUUUUGCAGCUAGGCGGCGGUGACGCUGAGCUUCGGCUGAGGAAGGCUAAGAGUCGCGCUGAUGCUCGAGCUCAAUGUCUGCGCCGCAUUGCAAGUUGCAAAUACUUUCAACUUGGCAACACCAGAGGGAACUACAAUUUCAACUAUUGCAAGCUUUUUGGGGACUGUGGAAUGACACAACAGAAUCCGGAGCAGCUGCGUCUGAAGCAGGCAUUUAUCAAAGCUUUAGAUGACGAUGUGGAGUAUCUCAACUCGGUGCGAAACUUGGAGCACAGCGGCUCGGCAGCUUCAUUGGUGGAUCGGGCCGCUAAGCGCAUUUACCGCGAGCACAGCGAGCUCUAUGAGAAGGACUACGCCAUACUGCAGGCAGAGCAAGCUGAGGUGGAACCGCCGGAGCGCUUGGACUUUGGCCAGCAGUACUACGAGGCGGAUAACUUGCCCAUGAUGCGUGAAAUGCUGCAGCGAGGCUUGCAGCGGGUGGCACGUGAUCGCCGCUAUGUGCUGCCCACACUGCCGGACGUGCAUUUGGUGCCGCUGCUCAACGAAUGGAUCUGCGCACGUUAUGGAAAACGCUACUCACAAGCGGAGCUCAAUCGCAGCUAUCGCAAGAGCCAAUACCUCAUGGAGCACUUGUCCGUCUUACUCAAUCGUCAGAUUGUUAACAUUAGUGCCGAUCUAGCUGGCAAAGAGAGCAGCAAAGUGAAGCUCACGGGCGAGCGCUUCAAAAGUCAGUUUGUGCACUCUAUACUGGAGCUGGGACGUGCGUUUCGUUAUGCCAUGCAGCCGCAGCACUGGACUAAGCACACCUCCACCACCUAUUAUGCCUAUAUGCCAGGCCAUGCGCAGGAUGUGGACUUUUGCGGCACCAAAUCGUCUGCACGCCGACGCAAGCCAUUGCCGCUUUAAUCCUUGUCUAAAUUUGAAUGUUGCUCAUGAGAUGAAUUUCCAAAAUCAAUUUACUGUAAUUGGUGUUGUUCUUGUAAACACGAAUUAGUCGGUACGAUUAAAUUCGUAAAUAGAGCUUACACUAAAAAUUUUAUGCAUGCAUGCUUGUAUAUCCGUUUCCGUUCGCCCAGAAUGUUGCAACGGCUAUUACAUUUCUCCUGCACACGCAGCACAGUGGCCGGCACAUCGUUAACAGUUUCUGCGAAAUGGAUAGAUUCUGAAAAUUGAAGUAAUAGUUCGCUUCAAUCAGCUACUGAAUACAAUUAAAAUUUAAAGGUUGCUUCAAUUAAAUUUGUUCGCAUUUGGAUACAAUCUUAAAUUAAUCUUCGAUUAAAGUAUAAAACCAGCAACCAAUGCUACGCUACU